CAGGCCGGCGCCCCUGGAGCAGCCCCAUGGCAGCCUGGAGGAACCCCCAGUGUCUGCAGGUGUGGAUGGUCUUUCUGCACAUGGCACUCCUGCAGACCACAGCCGAGAAAUCCCCUGGAGCCUACUUCCUGCCUGAGUUUGCACUCUCCCCGCAGGGGAGUUUUCUGGAAGAUACCACAGGGGAGGAGUUCCUCACUUACCGCUACGAUGACCAGGUAGGCAUUUGCCGCAUUUACCCACUCUGCAAAUCCUGCCCAAGCCCAUUUUCCAGAAGGCCCUCCAGAAACGCUCAUUCUGAAGAAGACACAGAUGGCAGCUGGGAUGCCUGGGGGGACUGGAGCGACUGUUCCCGCACCUGUGGGGGUGGGGCCUCGUACUCGCUACGCAGGUGUUUGACCGGGAGGAACUGUGAAGGGCAGAAUAUUCGGUACAAGACGUGCAGCAACCAGGACUGUCCUGCUGACGCUGAAGACUUCAGAGCCCAGCAGUGCUCAGCCUACAACGAUGUCCAGUAUCAGGGUCACUACCACGAGUGGUUGCCCCAGUAUCAUGACCCUGCUGCCCCCUGUGCUCUCAAGUGCCAGGCACGGGGUAGGAGCCUGGUGGUGGAGUUGGCACCCAAAGUGCUAGAUGGGACCCGCUGCAACACAGACUCUCUGGACAUGUGCAUCAGUGGGACCUGCCAGGUGGUGGGCUGCGAUCAUCAGCUGGGAAGCCGGGCCAAGGAGGACAGCUGUGGCGUGUGCGCUGGGGAUGGCUCCACCUGCAGACUCGUGCGGGGCCAAUCCCAUGUCUCCCCAGAAAAGAGGGAGGAGAAUGUCAUCGCUGUUCCUCUGGGGAGCCGGAGUGUGAGAAUCACAGUGAAGGGGCCUGCACAUCUCUUCAUUGAGUCCAAAACCCUGCAUGGCAGCCGUGGCGAGUACAGCUUCCCUCGCGCCGGAACGUUCGUGGUGGAGAACAGCACAGUGGAGUUCCAGCGUGGCCCGGAGAGGCAGACGUUCAGAGUCCCGGGACCACUCAAUGCUGACUUCAUCUUUAAGGCCCGACACGUGGCAGCCCGGGACAGCGUUGUCCAGUUCUUCUUCUACCAGCCUAUCAGCCAUCAGUGGCGACAGACCGACUUCUUCCCCUGCACGGCCACAUGUGGUGGAGGCUACCAGCUCAACUCUGCAGAGUGCGUGGACGUGCGCCUGGGACGGGUGGUCCCCGAUCAUUAUUGCCACUACUAUCCGGAGAAUGUGAAGCCCAAGCCCAAGCUAAGGGAGUGCAGCAUGGAGCCAUGCCCAUCCAGUGACGGCUUUAAGGAGAUCAGGCCUUAUGACCACUUUCAGCCCCUGCCCCGCUGGGAGCACAACCCCUGGACCUCGUGCUCAGCCUCCUGUGGCGGUGGCAUCCAGAGACGCAGCUUUGUGUGUGUGGAGGAGUCGGUGCAGGGCACUGUCCUGCAGGUGGAAGAGUGGAAGUGCAUGUACGCACCCCGGCCCCAUGUUCUGCAGACCUGCAACCUCUUCCACUGUCCCCGCUGGGCUGCCAUGGACUGGUCACAGUGCACGGUGACCUGCGGCCGUGGGCUCCGCUACAGAGUGGUCCUGUGCCUUGACCACCGGGGCGAGCACGUGGGUGGCUGCAACCCACAGCUGAAGUUGCACAUCAAGGAGGAGUGUGUGGUCCCUGUCCCGUGCCACAAGCCCAGAGAGAAAGGCCCGGUGGAAGCGAGCCUGCCGUGGCUGAAGCAGGCUCAUGAGCUAGAGGAGAGGGGACGAGCAUCUGAGGAGCCCACGCUCAUCGCCGAGCCCUGGUCCCCUUGCAGCACCACGUGCGGUCCGGGCAUCCAGCUCCGGGAGGUGCGGUGCCUCGUGUUCCUUACCUUCACACAGACGGAGACGGAGCUGCCUGCCAAUGAGUGCCAGGGCCCCACACUGCCCACCCAGCGGCCCUGCCUCCUCCAAGCCUGUGCACAGAGCCCCACCGCCCGCCAGCCACCCUCUCCCCUCGCCCAUGAUGGCCAGACAGCCUACGACUGGGAGUACGCCGGCUUCACCCCCUGCACCGCCACCUGUCGGGGAGGCCACCAGGAAGCCAUUGCCGUGUGCCUGCAUGUUCAGACGCAGAGGGUCGUCAACGAGUCCCUGUGUGACAGGGCCCACCGGCCCCCAGCCAUGAGCCAGUCGUGCAACACAGAGCCCUGCCCACCCAGGUGGCAUUCAGGCCCAUGGGGGCCCUGCUCAGCUAGCUGUGGGGUGGGCAUCCAGACCCGAGAGGUUCAGUGCCUACACCCUGGGGAGUCCCCAGCCCCACCCCAGGACUGCCCAGAGGAGAAGCCUCAUGGCUUGCAAGCCUGCAGCCAGUUCCCCUGCCCCCCCAGCUGGCAUGUCGAGGACUGGCAGCAGUGCUCCAGGACGUGUGGGGGUGGCACCCAGUGGCGGAGGGUCACCUGCAGGCAGCUGCUCACAGACGGUAGCUUCAGGAGCCUCUCAGACGAGUUGUGCCCAGCGCCCAAGGCCUCGUCCCACAAGUCCUGUGCCAGGACUGACUGUCCACCUCAGCUCACCACAGGCCGCUGGUCACAGUGCUCCGUGAGCUGUGGCCAGGGGACUCAGCGCAGGAAGCAGGUGUGCCAGAGGCUGACAGCUGGGGGCCGGCGUGUGCCUGCCAGCAAGCAGAUGUGCGGGGCCCAUGCAGGGCUCCCACUCGUGCGUACCUGCUGGAUGUCAGCCUGCCCCGUGGUGCAGGCAGAGCUCGGGGGGCAGCGCCCUGAGAUCCUCGGCGUGCGCAGGGUUUACAUUCAGACCCGGGCACAGCCGCGCAUCACCCUGACAGUGGGCAGCAGAGCCUACCUGUGGCCCAACACUUCCGUGGUCAUCCGGUGCCCCGUGCGCCACUUCCAGAGACUGCAGGUCCGGUGGGAGAAGGACGGCCGCUGUCUGCACAGCUCCCCACGCCUGGUCAUCACCAAGUCAGGUGCCCUGAAGCUGCGCCGCCUCACCGCUCCCGAUAUCGGCACCUACCACUGCAUCGCGGGCUCUGUUCGGGACUCUGUCAUCCUCAAGCUCAUUGGGACAGACAACCGGCUCCUCCUGCCCCCGGCAGUCAGAGAGCAGAGUGGAGGCUCUCCCACUCUGGAGAGCAUGGACCACCAGGCAGACCCCCUGGGAGCCACACGCCAUAAAAUGAGAGCCAGCCAAAAGGUGCUUCAGUCAGUCAAGGGCCAGGCUGACCAGCAGCCUUCCCGGGACGCGCUGUUGGGCCCCUGUGGGGGCACCGGCAGCUUCUGGGAACUGCAGCAGCUAGACGGGGCUGCACAACUUGGAUCAUACAGUAUGGAUGUGGGCCAGUUCGAGGAGCUAGUUCGGAAUAUGAGCCAGCUCAUGGGCACAGGGGAAGCAGGUGAUGACCUGGCGUCUCAGCUCAUCUACCAGCUGGUGACCAGCCUUGCAGCUGUGCCCCAGCAGGAAGACACACCCCCACACCCAGUCAUGGAAAGCAUAGGCAAACCCACCCUCCAACCUCAGGGACCCACUCUCAUGCGUUCCAGCCAGGUGCCCUCGGUGUCACUGAACCAGACAGUCAACAUCAGGAUUGGAGACACAGCGUAUGUGACACCCAGGACCACAGUUGUCAACAUCCUGUGUGAGCUGCUCACCCCCAUGGAGGCCACAUUCAUGUGGACUAAGAAUGGGGCUCCUGUCCAGCCCUCUGACAGAAUAAUCUGGGAUGGAAUGGGGAAAAUCCAGAUACGGAACCCAACAAAGAAAGAAGGAGGGCUUUAUGGAUGCUCAGUGUCCAGCCAUCUGGGUUCCGACACAGAAGGUUCUCUGGUGCUGUUCGCAGAGGCCCCUGCCAUCCUAUCUGUGGAAAGAGUGGUUACUGUGCCUGAGCAUAGCCACCUGUCAGUCGUAGUUGGAGGUGUCAUAGAAGCCGCUUUGGGAGCCAAUUUGAUGAUCCACUGUCCUACAGAUGGUGUCCCUGCACCCCAUGUGACCUGGGUGAAGGCAGGAGGAGGGCGUUUGAGUGACGGUGACUCUUCACUUCUCAAUGCGUCCCUGCGGCUGUACAACAUCGGCCUCCACGAUGAGGGUACCUAUGUCUGUACAGCCACCAAUGCCCUGGGGGAGGCAACGGCCCACACUGAACUACGCCUGCAGGAACAUAGACAGCCCAGCAGCCACUUUUCAUUCCGCAAGAACCACAGGAAGCCUGAGGCCCACAGUGCUGACCCAACAGGCGAAGCCCCACCUCCAGAACCCUUCUGGAAACUGGGGCACUGGACUCCGUGCUCAGCCACCUGUGGCCCCUUAGGGACCCGCGUUCAGAGAGCCCAGUGUGUAACAGCCACUGGGCAGCACGUGGUUGAGGCCCUGUGUGCCCACCUGCAGAAGCCACGGGCAUCCUGGCAGCCAUGCCACCCCCGGGACUGCCCCCCCAGGUGGGUUACGGGGGCCUGGUCCUCAUGCUCUGUAUCAUGCGGCGAAGGGUUCCGCCAUCGGCAGGUGAUGUGCUACCGCACCAGAGCCUCAGGAGGGGUGCAGCUGCUGGCUCCCCCUGCCUGCACCCCCAGGGACCGACCUUUGGGCAGAAGAACCUGCAAACAGCCCCCAUGUGACCAGUGGGACAUCAGGCUAGGGGGCCAGUGUCCUGAGCGUUGCCUGGGUCAUGCCGGAAGCUCACAGCCACUCGGGGGACUAUGUCCCCACCACAAUGACUCCAGCUGUGAGGACAGCAGAGUCCGCCCUGGGAGGAGCUGCUCGCCGAGGGACUGUGUAGGCUGCUGGCUUCUGCAUCCCUGGGGGUCCUGCUCAGCCCCCUGUGGUGGGGGCUUCCAGGCCCGCAGGGUGCGUUGCGUGCACCCCCUCACCUGCAUGCCCCUGGCCGAGGGACGUUGUGUGCAGAGAGACAAGCCUGCAUCCCGGAGACCCUGUCUGGGCCCCCCGUGUGAGCGGGACUGACUGCCCGGAGUCCACCCGCAGCUGCCACUGCUUCUGAGACACUGUCGCGCAGGGCCCCGAACACCUGCUCCUUGCCUGGCAGGCAAGGUGGUGCCAGGCCUCUGGUGAGGCUGAGCCGUGGUCGCCCAAAUGCUGCUGGGAAGAGUGAGGAACAGUUCCUCUCCCAGGACUGCUGCUGACAGAGACUCAAGGACCUUUCAGGAGUCAAGUGAGGAUGGCACUGCACAAGCCGUCCAGCGAGGGGACACCCUUCACGG